UUUUGUUAAACUUUACAAAUGUGUGAAAACCUGAUUGUUCUGAUAAAUCAUAAGGUUAAGAAACAUAAUCUGGAUAAAUACUUAAAUUUAAUCACUCACUAUCUCGAAAGUCAAAGAAGCUGCGAAACAAGCAAGGUACGAUUAAACUUGAAGAAGCAAAGUCUCUGUCUUCUCUUAUUUGACGAGGGUGAAGCAAUGCUGGCGAAGACAGUUUUCCCUACAGGUCUCCUUGUUUUGAGGAGCUUCUCAUCAGUUGCUUCAAAGACACUACUUAAAGUGGGAGAUGUUUUAAGAGAAACAAGAGUGUUCUCAAGUGAAGAUGUUAAGGCCUAUGCUGAGGUGAGCCAUGAUUGGAACCCACUCCAUUUCGAUCCAGAAUCUGCUCGUAAAGCCGGAUUUGAGAAUCGCCUUGUCCACGGCAUGCUUGUUUCUUCCAUGUUUCCUCGUAUCAUCUCUGCCCAAUUCCCUGGAGCAGUAUAUGUAUCUCAAAGUCUGCAUUUUCGGUCACCGGUUUACGUAGGUGAUGAAAUUCUCGGACUAGUUCAAGCAACAGCUUUAAGAGAAACCAAGAAUAAGUACAUUGUCAAAUUCUCAACUAAAUGCUUCGAGAACCACAACGAACUUGUUGUUAUUGAUGGUGAAGCUACUGCAAUUUUACCAAACCUUGAGAUGUUGCACAACUUAAAAUCGUUCUGAAGAAAGGUGAUGUGGAUGAGUACGAGAUUAGGAUUGUGAUUGGUGCUGAUGGUCCUAGAAGUCCAAAGGAUGGAUCUUCUGCAAC